UGAUUCAUCAGAUUCAGCUGCAGAUCGUUGACAUCUGAAUACUGAGUCAGCUAAAUGAUAAUAGAUGCAGUUAGGAUUAAACAGAAAGAGGUUGACCGCUGGAGUUUAUGUACCUACGUUGUUUCUAAAUGAUGUCUACCAUUUAAUUUCUUUGUAGCCAUGCUGGUGAUCUAUUUAAAUGAAAAAAAAAAGACAAAGAUUUCUAUGGUUUAGACCCCGUAGCCUGUGUAGUGGGCUGGUCGAGCUUUAAUGUCCCUCCCCGGCUGCCUUAUCCUGGGCUGUCAUGUGACCGACGCUGGCCAAUCACAGCGGAGACUGGAAAGGGACUAUAACAAAAAAAAAAACACACAAACAAAUGCAUUAAACCGAGCGGACUGUUUUGCGUUACAGGCGUCGAAUCUUGGUUACUACAGUUGUUAGACAUCACAUUUAAAGGCUUAAAUUCAAAUAUAGUGCUUUUCGACUCAUGUCUAAUUCAGUCUUUGGCUUAGUCGCGCGAAACAAAUUACUGUGAACGCCGCAGGCUCGUGCGGACCGUCAUAAUAUAAUCGUUAAUUCUCUGACGACAUUAAUGUUAGCUAGCUCUCUGACAGGACCCCUUGUUUUGACGCUUCGGGAAAGUUAACGUUAGCGGUUUGUUUCUGAACGCUAGAUAGUAUUUUGUUUGUUUGGGAUUUGUUUUUGUUUUUUUGUUUUUUUUUAUUGCUAGCAGCUAACUCGCCCCAGACUGUCCUGUCGCUGGCGUUCCUGCGAGUCCGAACGUCCUGGUUCAGCCGAAGAUUGCGAUGGAUGCUGUAAUAUGCUAGGACCAUGUUCAAAAAUGUUUUUGGCUCAGGGUUUCUGGUAAGAACAGCUCAUGUGAUUCUGACAUGGGUCGUAACGUUAAUACUCUUCCUACAUGAUACAGAGCUGAGGAAGCAGGAGGAGACGGGCCAGCUCGUCCAGCCCGUGCUCUUCGUCCUGCUGGUGCUCGUGUCGGUGUUGCUCUAUUUCGCGGUUUCUCUGAUGGACCCGGGCUUCAUCUUGUCCGAUGACAGCGAUCUGCAGUUCACACUGGGAGUGACUGAGGAGCAGCAAGACAUGAUCCCACCCACGACCAAGUCCCUGCGCCAGCGCCGCUGUGGCCACUGUCUGCUGCAGCAGCCAAUGAGAUCGAAGCACUGCCAGACGUGUCAGCACUGUGUCCGGCGUUACGACCAUCACUGCCCCUGGAUUGAGAACUGUGUCGGCGAGAGGAACCACCGCUGGUUUGUGCUCUACCUCGCCGUGCAGCUGCUGGUGCUGCUGUGGGGUCUGCACAUAGCCUGGACAGGUUUCAGCUACGCGCCCGCCUGGCAGCUGUGGCUGCGCACCAACGGCACGCUGCUGGCCGUGGCCGUGCUGGUGGCCCUGCUGUCGCUGAUCGUGCUGCUCCUGCUCGGCUCCCACCUCUACCUGGUCUCCCUCAACACCACCACCUGGGAGUUCAUGUCGCGCCACCGCAUCUCCUACCUCAAGCACUGCGGCGCCGAUGAAAACCCGUUCGACCGCGGCACCUUCCACAACCUUUGGGGUUUCUUCUGUGUGUGGGGCACAGUGGUGUGGGAGCAGGUGUACUUCAGGGAGGGCAGCGACCAAGUCUAGGAACACGCGGUGAGCAUUAAGCAGACUGAAACGACUAGAUUUCACUCACGAACAACCUUUCUGGAAUUGUGUUCAUGCACUUGAGCACAGUGUUUGGGGGACAAACUACCCUUGUGUGCAGUUUACCUUUGUAUAGGCACUUGUGUUGUUGUGCCAUAAGUGUGGAUUGCUUGCUCGUGUUGUCUUGCUCUGUUGUUGCAUUCCACAUUAUUCUCUCUACUCUUCUCCCAGAGUCACGGCCCCAUCAGCAGAAUGAAAAUAGUCUUAAGUGUCCUCAGAAUGAGACACCUGCUCCUUGUUAACGUCUCCAUGGACGAUGGGUUACCAGCACUGCAGCUGCUUCUCCUUAUUCUAACGUUUGUUUACAAAGCAUUCGACCAUAUCAUCCCCCCCUAAAAGCAGGCAAUUCUCCACGUUGUCUGCAGGCACUUUACUGUUUUUAGGUUCUGUUGACCCAAACACCCACAUCCCAUCUGACCCCUCGCUCCUGCUUCCACUGAAUCAUUUAUGGUGAGGAGUAGUGACGUGGUCUCACCAUGACAGUAACACGGUAAACCUGACUGACGGACUGUUACUUAAUGCUGAAGUUUACUCUUGAUCAAUGUUUAAUAUCGAAUCAACGUUUGGGUUUGAAUAAGAAAUAGAGUAGUUUUAGGAGCACGUGUAGACAAUCCAGAAUCUAUGGUUAGUACGGUUUCUCUGUUCACUCUGGACAGUGGAGGAGAGUUUCAGUACGUUUGUUUUUAGCGUGGAGUUUCAUUCUGUUCCUGUUUCAUGUAAUAACUCGCUGUAGUUGCUGAGUCUUAUUUAUCCCGCGCAGAGGUUUCACAGGGUUCACUUCCUUCAACAGCUUGCGUCUUAAAAAGAGCUGUGAGACCAAGUGAGACAAUCUUUUUAUUAUUAAUUAAUUAAUUUAUUUAUUUAUUCAGUAAAGCUCCGUUGAUUUGAAAUACGAGUACUGUAUCGUUUCUAGUAUUUAAUCCAACCAUGUACAGGAAGCUUUGACUCUCAAUGGACAGCAUUUCAAGCUAUUUUAUAAUUGUAUAUAAUUUUUAAACGAUUUUAAACCAGAAAAUGUCUUUAGAUUUUUGUACGAGUGUUUUAAUAGAUUAACAGGAGCUGAGAGGAAGAAAAUAUAUAUUUAAAAAAAAAGAUCUGAGUGCAAUACAUCUGUGGUAUUUCUGUUUGAGCUUUUCCUUGUGCAAUACUAACCCUGUCAGACAGCAAUAAAUGGUGGUGUUGAAUUUAAUGUGAAGCAGAGAUUGGAC